AUGAAUCGCUAUAGAAACGUCCCCGGCAUCCGGGGUCCCAGCAGGGCCUCGCCAAACACCCUGUGUCAGAAAUGCUUGAAACGAGAUAUGUCCCACCUUUCCAUUGGUUCGAGCUAUUCCUGGGCUAACCAAUGGGCACGCCAUUACAGCUAUGAAUGCACCGUGACGGCGCAGGAGCGCCCCUACAUGGCGCGGCCAUCGCGGACCCAGCAGUUGCUAAACCCGAAGUUGAUGCCUAAACUCUCCAACGAGACCCCCAAUGAUCUCCAACGGACAACCGGCGUGGCAGAUGAGCUGCUUGCAAAACGGGAGGAAGAGCGCGGCCGGAAGAGGAGCCUGGAUGGUGACGGCACCGCGGAACCAUACUCGAAAAGAACGAGAUCUGUCUCGUCGCACUCGGCGAGCUCAGUCUCGACAAUAUCCACGAACCGCUCUCGCUCAGCAUCACCGGCACGUCAAGGACGAGACGCAAAUGGUAGCGCUCGUCGGACCAACUCAGUCUCCCCUGCGCCUUCAAAGUCCCGGAAAAGGCGAUACAGUGAUGCUUCAAACGGCUAUUCUGAUUCAUCUUACUCUUCCGGUGCGCGGCAUCGCUCACGAUCGCGAGAGUGGGCAGAAGAUCGGAAUAUCAGACGGAGGCGUCGAGAGAGCAGCCCCGAACAACGUGGACGGCAUCGCGAAUCAGGUCGCCACGGUUCACGAAGACGACGAUCCCGCAGCCAGAGUGCGAAUAAGAGUCAGAUUGCGAAGGAACGGCGGUCGAUGACUCCCAAUACUACUCGGGAUCAACCUGGAAGACGUACCUAUCGAGAUCGAGCAAAUCCACCGGUCCCAGGAGGGCCGAAACAAGAACCCAGGGGACGACCCGGCCAACCUCCCCGGGAGCGAAGUAUGAGCCCCUACAGCAAGCGUCUAGCUUUGACCCAGACGAUGAAUCUGGGACGAUAG